AGAUUUCCUCUCCUCAUCUAUAUAUUCGGGCCGGGCGCCGCGUCUUGUUCCACGGUUCCUCCCACCCAUAGAUCCAAGUUGCACACGCGCCGGGGUUCCGUUCCACUAGGGCUGGGAGCCAUCUCGAUCGCCUGACAUAAAACCUGUAGGACGUGCAGGCGCGUGGCGUGCAAGAUGAGCAAGUCCUCCCUUACUCCACCCGGGGUGUCCAUGGAGCUGCACGCCGGCAACCGCGAGCGCCUCGUCGCCGCGCUCAGCGCCCACCUCUCCGCCUCCGCCCGCCCUCUCCGUGGCGUCGCCUUUCUCAAGGGCGGCGAGGAGCAGACUCGUUACUGCAGCGACUAUGUCGAGCUCUUCAGGCAGGAGAGCUACUUCGCUUAUCUGUUCGGAGUGCAAGAGCCGGGGUUCUAUGGUGCAGUCGACAUUGCCUCUGGACAAUCAAUUUUAUUUGCUCCAAGGUUGUCACCUGGCCACGCUGUUUGGAUGGGUGUAAACACAUUACCUUACUUCAAGGAUAGGUACAAGGUCGAUUUUGUGUUCUAUGUUGAUGAGCUUGCACAGGUUCUCCAAAGUCAAUUUAGUGAGCAUGGAGAGACGCCCCUUCUCUUUCUCUUAUAUGGCAAGAAUACUGACAGCGGAAAUUACUCAAAGCCUGCUAGUUUUGAGGGGAUAGAGAAAUUUGACACUGAUUUAAGCACGCUUCAUCCUCUCUUAACUGAAUGUCGUGUUAUAAAAUCUGACAUGGAGCUUGCCCUCAUUCAAUAUGCUAAUGAUGUCAGCUCAGAAGCACACAUUGAGGUUAUGAGGCAGAUAAAACCAGGCAUGAAGGAGUAUCAGUUAGAAAGCAUCUUUGUUGGUGCAUCUAGGUACAGAGGCUGUCGACAUUGCUCCUACACAUGUAUAUGUGCUACUGGAGAGAACAGUUCCAUUCUUCAUUAUGGACAUGCGGGAGCUCCAAAUGACCGGACGUUGAAUGAUGGAGACAUGGCUCUAAUGGACAUGGGAGCUGAAUACAAUUUCUAUGGUUCUGACAUCACAUGUUCAUACCCCAUAAAUGGAAAAUUCAACAGAAACCAGACAGUGAUAUACAAUGCUGUCCUUAAGGCUCAUAAUGAUGUGAUAUCACAUAUGCAGCCUGGAGUAAAAUGGAUCGAUAUGCACAAGCUGGCAGAGCAGACAAUACUCGAGUCCCUAAAGAAAGAAAAUAUUAUUCAUGGUGAUAUUGCUGCAAUGAUGAACCGAAGGUUGGGUGCUGUUUUCAUGCCUCAUGGUCUUGGGCAUUUACUUGGAAUUGACACCCAUGAUCCCGGAGGCUACCCCGAGGGCUUAGAGAGGCCAAAGGAGCCAGGAUUGAGAUCCUUGCGGACCAUCAGAGAACUUAAAGAAGGCAUGGUUAUUACGGUCGAGCCCGGCUGUUAUUUCAUCGACACUUUACUGAGGCAUGCCAGGGAUGACCCAAUUUCCUCAAAGUUUUUCAACUGGGAGAAGAUAGAAAUUUACAAAAGCUCUGGUGGUGUUCGCGUUGAAAGUAAUAUGUAUGUGACGGCACAAGGAUGCAAGAACCUGACUAACUGCCCCCGAGAGAUCAGGGAAAUUGAAGCGGUAAUGGCUGGCGCGCCUUGGCAUUCACGUGACACCCUUUCCAGUACAGAGAAUGCCUCCCCAAAGCACUUCAAUUUGCCAUGCCCUUGAGA